UGACACGACAAAAUUUGACGAUUCACAAAAAAAGAAGGCAGCAACACUUGUUUCGGUGAUUCUGUUCGUCAAACGUUUUUCAGAAGGAGUCGGCGAAGAGUUUUGCACGCAAUGGCGGCCCAUAGAAUCGUUCUUCCUCUGUUAGUUCUCGGCAUUCUAGGGUGCUGGAGCCUGACUGGCGAAACCAGCUGGGAGAUCCACCUCAUGGCCAAGUCUUCUUCCAGUUCUGGAUUCUACAUUCUCAAUGACUAUCAGGACACGUUCGCUGAGGACAGUGGUUCGACCUCUGCUUUCCCUGCCACUGCCGUAUCCAACAUUAUGCUCAAAACACUCGGAAUCCUAAGGGAUGGAGCUCGUUGGGCUGGAGUACAAAUGGGAAGCCUGUUCUCGCGACCCCAUGCUACCGCUCUCUUUGUCGUGGAUGGUGUCUCCUCAGGAGCAAUCGCGUCUCUCUCCGAGAAAAAGUUUACUGUCGACCAGAGUGGCCUGACCGGCUCCACAAGUCUCGACAUGCAGACUAUGUUUUCCGGAGACAAUGUUGCCACUCACAUGAGUAAAAUCUUCGACGGACGCUGCCAGACGCGCAGCAUCAGCGCAGACCAACAAGCUGCCUUGGCAGGUUCAGCUGAAGGCUCAUUCUCGGGAGGAGACCAGUUCACUGACACAGUGAAGAUGAUACGUGGAGAUAGCAGUGUCUUGGUUCCGUACGGACUGGAGACCAAAGGUUUGGAUGUCGGAACAGACGAAGAUGUGGCACUUUUGGCCGAGCUUUUCAUGAUCCACCAAACAAUGGAGCAGCUGAAAGAAUUGAAGAACUACGCAAAUGACGGAGCUCCCGAUAUUUACAUAUUCACAAUCUCCACGAUAAGGGCCCUGGAACUAAAGUAUGGAGUGGGGUCGGAAAAGGUCUUAGUGGCAACCAAGCUUGUCCAAUCAACCAUCCAAAAGGUGACUAAGGAUCUUGUGGGUUUGUAUGACGGAAAGAUUUUGGUCCAGGCUCUGGUACUAGAAUGGAACUUCCCAGAGGGACCGAGCUCUGAGAGCCUUGCGGAAGCCCACGACCUUCUCAAACCACACCUUGCUUCACCUAGUUUUGAAGAUUUCAAGUCGGAUCUUCCCCAAGUCAACUUGAAGCCCGUCAGUUAACGAGCAGUUGAUAAUGUAGAACUGUCUAUUAUGUGGCCAAUAACUGGUGUGUAUUAUUACAUCUGUAUAGGACGCUAUUGAGAGUCCUUAUUUGUGCUUCAACCUGAAGAAGGCACUUGGGCCUUCCUUCAAGGUAAAGUGUCCAGAGACCAAUUAUUGGACUGAAUCAAGAUACGUCCGGGAUGCCGAUAACAAUGUCGAUGAUGGCUACGAGGAUGGCUAUAGAGAUGACGUCACUGCUAAUAUCACCCUGGGUAACGUGGACGGUGGGAGAUCGGAGGGUUUCGCCGCCAUUUUUCUCAUCACCCUAUUCCUGGGUCUCAGUCUCGGUCUUGCCGUAUAUGCAGUGAGCUGGAUGAUGUGGACGAUGGAUCCCGGAAGAGACUCCAUCAUAUACCGUCAGAUUGCCGACCCUAACGAGGGGAUGAGAAUGUAGCAUUAGGCUGCAAGAGGGCAAGCCUCUUUCCUGCUGUAGAUUAUUAUAUUGACCACAUACUUGAACUGGCUUUACGGUAGUUCACAGUUUGUAUGGUAUAUAGUCUGGUAGACGUGAUCAAUAAUUUUCACAUGCCAACUGAGUACUUGGUAGGCGUUCCUCAUAGCGCGAAAGACUGUACUGGCGCGCUGGGCGCAUGCGCACGUAAAACGUACGACAGCAGCUUAGCAUGGUGGAGCGGGGUGGCCGAAAGCCCAAGAGUCAGUACAGAGACCACAAGGCCGGACUUUCGACCGAGGAAUAUGAGGGAAAACUGCGCAGCAGCUCCACGCUGUACGUCGGGAACAUGUCCUUCUUCUCGAGCGAGGAGCAGGUGUACGAGCUGUUCUCCAUGUGCGGAGAGGUGAAGCGGAUCAUCAUGGGUCUGGAUCGAAUCAAGAAGACGCCGUGUGGAUUCUGUUUUAUCGACAACAGGUAUUACUCUCACGACUCGGCUGCCAAGGGCAUAGCGUACAUCAGUGGAACAAAGCUGGACAACAGAAUCAUUAGGGCAGACUGGGACAUGGGGUUCAUUGAGGGG